CGGACUCCCAUGGCGGCUCCGCCCGGUCGGGGCCGCCGCCGCUGUCGCCAGCCUUGGGCUGAAUGAAUGAGCCGGAGCGGCGGAGCCCGGCUGCCCGCUACCGCGCUCACCGGCCCGGGACGCUUCCGUAUGGCCCGCGAGCAGCCGGCGUCCGCGGCGGUGGCGGCAGCCAGGCAGCCCGGGGGCGACCGGAGUGGCGAUCGGGCGCUGCAGGGGCCAGGGGUCGCCCGCAGGGGGCGUCCGUCACUGAGUCGCACUAAACUGCACGGGCUGCGGCACAUGUGCGCGGGGCGCACGGCGGCGGGAGGCUCUUUCCAGCGGCGGGCGCUGUGGGUGCUGGCCUUCUGCACGUCCCUCGGCUUGCUGCUGUCCUGGUCCUCGAACCGCCUGCUCUACUGGCUCAGCUUCCCGUCGCACACGCGAGUGCACCGCGAGUGGAGCCGCCAGCUGCCGUUCCCGGCGGUCACCGUGUGCAACAACAACCCGCUGCGCUUCCCGCGCCUCUCCAAAGGGGACCUCUACUACGCGGGCCACUGGCUGGGGCUGCUGCUGCCCAACCGCACGGCGCGCCCGCUGGUCAGCGAGCUGCUGCGGGGCGACGAGCCGCGCCGCCAGUGGUUCCGCAAGCUGGCCGACUUCCGCCUCUUCCUGCCGCCGCGCCACUUCGAGGGCAUCAGCGCUGCCUUCAUGGACCGCCUGGGCCACCAGCUGGAGGACAUGCUGCUCUCCUGCAAGUACCGGGGCGAGCUCUGUGGCCCGCACAACUUCUCCUCAGUGUUUACAAAAUAUGGGAAGUGUUACAUGUUUAACUCAGGCGAGGAUGGCAAGCCUCUGCUCACCACGGUCAAGGGGGGGACGGGCAACGGGCUGGAGAUCAUGCUGGACAUUCAGCAAGAUGAGUACCUGCCCAUCUGGGGAGAGACAGAGGAAACGACGUUUGAAGCGGGAGUGAAGGUUCAGAUCCACAGUCAGUCUGAACCACCUUUCAUCCAAGAGCUGGGAUUUGGGGUGGCUCCGGGGUUCCAGACCUUCGUGGCCACACAAGAGCAGAGGCUCACGUAUCUGCCCCCGCCAUGGGGGGAGUGCCGGUCCUCGGAGAUGGGGCUCGACUUCUUUCCUGUUUACAGCAUCACGGCCUGUCGGAUUGACUGUGAGACCCGCUACAUCGUGGAGAACUGCAACUGCCGCAUGGUUCACAUGCCAGGGGAUGCCCCUUUCUGCACCCCUGAGCAGCACAAGGAGUGUGCAGAGCCUGCCCUUGGUCUUCUGGCCGAAAAGGACAGCAAUUACUGUCUCUGCAGGACACCCUGCAACCUGACCCGCUACAACAAAGAGCUCUCCAUGGUGAAGAUCCCCAGCAAGACCUCAGCCAAGUACCUGGAGAAGAAAUUUAACAAAUCAGAGAAAUAUAUCUCAGAGAACAUUCUUGUUCUGGAUAUAUUUUUUGAAGCGCUCAAUUACGAGACAAUUGAACAGAAGAAGGCGUAUGAAGUGGCUGCCUUACUUGGUGACAUUGGUGGUCAGAUGGGAUUGUUUAUUGGUGCUAGUAUCCUUACAAUACUAGAGCUCUUUGAUUAUAUUUAUGAGCUGAUCAAAGAGAAGCUAUUAGACCUGCUCGGCAAAGAAGAGGAGGAAGGGAGCCAUGAUGAAAACAUGAGCACCUGUGACACAAUGCCAAACCACUCUGAAACCAUCAGCCACACUGUGAACGUGCCCCUGCAGACAGCCUUGGGCACCCUGGAGGAGAUUGCCUGCUGACACCUUUCAGGCAGCCCAGCACCUCCAAAAAGACCUUAAAGGCCCAAGACCCAGGACAGGGGACAGCAAGCUCAGGUGGGAUAGCCCCUGAUGACAGAGAGAAGCAAGAGCCCCCCCCCCCCCAUCCACACAUUGCGAACUUCUGCCAAACUUCACUCUGGCCACAUCCGACAUGAACCAUCCCGGGCCCUGCCACGUGUCCCUCGUAGGACCGAUGAGUCACACUCCGGAACUGUCCAAGAACUAACCUGCCAUCACAUCUCACUGCCAGAUGUACAAAGCACCUGCAUGCUCAGACUUCUUACGGCGCCAUCUCCACUUCUGUCUUGUACAUCGUAUCUUCUCCGUGUGGUUUCCAGAGCCCACUCCGCUGCCCGUGCAGUGGGGCCAGGUUUCAGCCCCGAAGUCAGCCUGAGCCCAGCUCUGGAACUGAAACUGCACAGUCAAGAAGGAAACCACAGAACUCUCUACAAUGUUUGAUCCUUGUGUUGUCUGUGAAGGUUCUUAGCCUUGUCCCCAAACUGGCCCGUGGGGCUCCCGCACUAAAGGUGACCAGUGCCAACCUCUUUCUUAUCCCAGCACCCUUGGAGGUGAUACGGUGGCCUGGGUGACCCCAGUAUUCGUCCAUGGAGCCACGUCGUUCUCUCCCUGUGACACAGCUGUAGAGUCUGAUCUCUUCCGUUUUGUUUUCUUUCCUUUUGUUUGGGGCGGGGGCUGUUUUUGUUCGUCUACUGAAAAUUUGUUUUGCCUCGUUUUUUUUUUUUUUUAUGGUCUUCGGUUUCGAUGUUCUAAGGUUCGGUUUGGGUUUUCCAUUUUCUCUGGAGUUUUAUUUAUUCGUGCUUCGAACCACAGUCAUAUUAAAAGCUGGUCUUGUGGAAGUGGCCACAUCA